UAGACCUGAUACGACAUAAACUUCGAAAUUCUCGUGUAAUGACUCUGACAUCCGGGAUUCGCCGAAUGCCGUGUUAAGGUUCGCCGAAUCCUGAGUAGUGGGGAUGGGUGUUCGGUUGCUCGCCGAGCAGCGAUAGUCAGUGCUCGAUCGUUCGUCUAGUUGUCGGUUUCCGUCUUCAUCAAAGUGCUCAAAUAUUCGUUAAGUAGGCGAACUCAACAUCCACACAUUCGCUGAGUCAACAAAACAUUCGUUAGGCAUGGAUUGGCCCAACGAAACAGUCUUGGACUUCCUCGAAAUGUACGAAGCUGAACCAAUAAUUUGGAACGCUUCGCUUCCGAAUCACAAAAAUCGCGACGAGGUUUUCGACGCGUGGAAACGGAUCGAGAGUAAGAUGGGGCAUCAGUUCUCAGUGACCGAUUUGAAAAAGAAGAAGGAUUCACUAAUGGCAUCCUUCAGAACCUGCCUAAAGAAAAUCAGGGAGAGCGUCAAAAGCGGGGCACGCGGCGACGACGUUUACAAACCCAACUGGUUUGCCUUUGCAAAAAUGGCCGGGUUCCUGAGGGAUAAAGACACGCCACGGGGAAUUCUCAAUUCAGAGGCCAUUCAGUAUGAAAAUGACGAACGGAAACCAGAUCUUCCUCAAAACAGCGACUUCCCGGAAAUUAGAGAAUUCACUAAUGCAAGUACACAAACUGACGCCAUCGCAAUGCCUUCAGGUCCUGAAGACUCUUUUAAAAAUCCGCCAACGAAAAAAAGAAAAUUCAGCGAAGAAACUGACCUAAGGAAAAAGACGGACAAUGGCGAUUCAACUUUGCAAUCUGCAUGUAACAAACCUGCUAUGGAAAGAAGUGUGUGCGACAUAUAUGGAGAAUUAGUAGCGGCAAAAUUGAAAGCUUUGGAUGAAAGUCGCAGGGAUAUAUGUAUGCAUCGGAUCGAUAACGUUAUGUUUGAAAUGAAAAUGAACACAAGCAAGGCAUCUGAUAACGAUUCCUAUAACACCAUAAAUCAAAUGCUUGUUCCUUCCCCGUCAACCACUCAUCAUUGUUUCCCUCCACAACAGGAAUCGUAUCAGCAAACUGCAAUGACGCAAAGUGCAAACCGGACUGCAGACAUUACUACUGCUGAUAAUAGUGAAGAUGUACAAAACCACGGCGUUGCACAAAUUUGCAAGAGAUGUAAUUUGAAUUUGAAAUGAUUUUCUUUUGUAUUUUGAUCGAACCUUUGUCUAUUGUAUUCCUUAAAGAAUAAAUUUACGCUUACCUUAAUACAGCCCUUUCGUGCUUGCAUACUUCUGGAAUUAUGUCAGA